AUGCAACAGAAAAAGACGGUCACCAAGAAGAACAGCUGCGCCCGCAAUCUCCACAGGCUGAGGAGUGCCAUCCUCUUCGUCUCGACUCUGGUCCAGGAGCUGACGUCUGACAGCAGCAUGUCCCUGAGAGAGGCGGCGUCCACAGCGUAUGAGUCAGCGCUGGCACCCAUCCAUACAUAUGUGGUUCGGGGGGCUGUAAAGGCUGGCCUCCUGAUGCUGCCCUCCAGAGCGGCGUUCUUGGCAAGCAUCUGCGAAACAGAAACCACUGCAAGGGGCCAUACGGAGAAGCUGGUCGCUGUCGCGAAUGAGAUGAUCAGGGCGAUCGACUCACUGUACGAUGUGCCCAUGCCGGCAUCGAACACUUGGUUCAUUUCAGCUUGA